AUGCGCACUUCUACCGUCGCAGCAGCGGCCGUUGCCGCCACCGGAGCAAUGGCAAAGCCUCGCUAUCUCACGUACUUUGAUUCCUGGGACACAACCAAUCUGCCCGAUCAUUCCAUUACUGAGGGUGUCACGCAUGUGUCCACCGCCUUCGCCGCGUCCACAAUUUUCAACUCCGGCACUUGGUAUCAGCCUUUUAUGCCCUUGGACCAAAUCCGAGCUCUUUUCGACGAUGGUGUACUUGUGUGCCUCUCAAUUGGCGGAUGGGGCGACACGACCGGUUUCAGUGCAGGCGCACAAAGUAAUGAAACGCGUCAAACCUAUGCCCAGAAUGUCGCUACAACAGUCAAGACACUGGGCUAUGAUUGUGUUGAUAUCGACUGGGAGUUCCCUGGCGGCAAUGGCCAGGACUAUAGACAGACUCCCAACUCUGAGAAGGCUUGGGAGAUUGAUGCUUUCCCUCUCUUCCUGCAGGCAAUCAAGGAUGCUGUUGGUCAAGAUAUUGAGCUCUCCAUUGCUGCUCCAGGACGAGUCGAGGACAUGAUUGCUUACACGGCUGAAAAUGUGGCCAAGAUUAACGACAUUGUCGACUACGUCAAUGUCAUGACAUACGACCUCAUGAUGCGCCGGAUGAACACAACUACUCAUCACAGCGGUGUCUCCAACUCGGGCGAUUCCAUCAGCACCUACAUCGAACGCGGUCUCUCCCCCAGCAAGAUCAACCUCGGCUUUGCCUUUUACGCCAAGUGGUUUGAAACUGCCCCGGGAUUCAACUGCACGACGCCCGUUGGCUGCCCGACGGCAGAGCUCGAGGCCGCCGACGGAAGUGACACCGGAAAGUCUGGUGCCAUCACUUUCGAGGCCGCAAACAUGAACGGCGAUUUCCAGCACGCAGUGCAGAACGGCGUCGCGGAUGAAGAUUUGGGGGGACAAUGGUACUGGGAUGCUGACAAGGAGGUAUUUUGGACCUGGGAUACUGCAGAGUUUGUGACCCAAAAGUUUACGGAUAUUGUUGUGAAGCAGCAGCUCGGCGGCGUCAUGAACUGGGCUUUAGCACAAGACAGCCUUGACUGGAGUCAUUUCAAGGCGAUGCAGGCUGGUGUGAAGGCUCUGCAGUAG